UACUAUCAGCAAAAUGCGGUUAAAAAUGAAUGAGUCUGCUCAAGGCUGGCAAGGAGAGGAACUCAUCACCUGUCGGCAUGGUGAAUACGGAUACACAAGUUCGGAGUGGGCUUUCAUGGUUGUUGUCACUGUUUGCGCAAUACUUAUUUGUGUCUUAGCAUACUUUGAGAAGAUCUAUGUAGACGGCAACUAUAGAUUAAGACUGUUACUUGAAUAUUUGCCGACACCGGAAAUAGUGAUGCGCUACAACAAAGCUGGAGAUACUGUGAUCGGAAUUGAGAAGACACAGGAGACCAAGGAAGAAGACGGGCCAAAAGAAACAUCGUGA